AUGAGCUUCGCCGACUAUGCGUCGUCCCUCCCGCCCACGCUCUCGGCCGCCACCUCCCACGCCCCACCCGACACCCGCGCGUCCCUAACCCUCCCGUGCGCCCAGACGCGUCAAGCCGUCGAGAGCGCGACGCUGCAGCUCGAACAGUUCCAGCGCCAAGUGCUCGCAGUCAAACGCGCGUCGCUCGCCGAGGGCGCGGUCGACGAGGACCUGCACGACCGCAUCCGCUUUGCGUGUCUGCUCCAGCACGAGAUCGGCACCGCUUUGGCGGUCCUGCCGGUCCCCGCGGCGCAGUCGCUGAUCAAACGGAAGCUGUGCAACGACUUUGCAGCCAUUUCUAACCAGCUCGAACCCGCGGUCGCGCGCGUUUCUAAACGGGAACAAGCGCAGAAACAGGCGCGACAGACCCAGCAGCAGCACGAAGACGGGCCUCUAUUCGAAGCACCUCUGGGUACCCAAGCGGUCGAAAGCGCCGAGCUCGAGAGGGAGAUCGCCCAGAACGAAGCGCUCAUUGAAGAGCGCGAGCACGAUCUACACCAGAUCCACCAGAGUGUCGCCCAGGUGAAUGAGAUUUUCCGGGACUUGGCGGCGCUGGUGCAGGAGCAGCAGGGCGCGAUUGAUGACGUGGACGCGCACGUGCACGAGAGCCUGCAGCAGACGCAGCAGGGGCUGAAGGAGGUGCAGAAAGCGUCGGACAUGCAGGGGCAGCUGCAGCUGCUAGUCGGAGAGCAGCACAAGCUGAAGCAUUUGGACAUUGGAACGAGAACACUUUUCGAGUUUGGUGUAUAUUUAAUGCAGCUUCAGAUGCACGACGCGUUGGAAUAG